AUGCACCGCGACCUGAAACCGGCCAAUGUGCUCAUCAACAAGGACGGAACGGUGAAGCUGGGCGAUCUGGGCCUUUCCGCGAUCCUCUCCGCCACCAGCGACCACGCCCGUUCCCUGGUGGGCACGCCCUACUACAUGGCCCCGGAGCGGCUGUCCGAGCUGGAGUACACCUUCAGCGCAGACAUCUGGUCGCUGGGCUGCCUGCUCUACGAGCUGGUCACCCUUUACCCGCCCUUCUACGAGGACAACCAGUCGCUGGCGAUGUUGAUGCGCAAAAUCCAGCACCGACAGUACCGCCCGGUGACCAGCUACCCGCAGACCGGACCGCCCGGAUCGGCCGCCUCUCGACCCGAGGUGGCCGCCAUCAUUGACGCCUGUCUGGUGCUGGAGCCCUCCGCCCGGGCCGACCUGGAGCAGGUGUACCAGGUGGCGAAGCGGAUGAACCGCCAAUUCCAGGGACAGUCCUCAUCAUCAACGACGACGACGACGAUCAGCGCCAGCAGCUCAAACCCCAGUCUACUGUCGCCUCACACUUCCGGUUCCAGUGGUGGUGGUGAGGUGCAGAAAAUGGACGUUGAUGGCGAAGAUGAGGAGGAGAUGGGAGAGCAAAAAAUGACCUUAAAUCACGAUCUGAACCGGAGAAGGGCACAGUCUGACGCCUGUUCAGCCUUUCCCGGGAAUGGAAAUCACACCAGCAACACCUCAUCUUCCUCCUCAACUACUCAGCACCCGAAAACACUUAAGCAGAUAUACCGCAACUUGAAGAGUAUUUUCUAG